CUUGAUUAUAUGACCCCAAGUGUUACAGUGCUGGACCAGAAGAGAAAGGCAGACUCUGAGGGGUGCAUCAUGAAGUCGAACUGGGCUGCAGCUCUUUCUUCUUUGGCCUUGUUGCUUGUCUUAACAUGUCCAGUCUGCUGUCAGCAGCCUGUACACUGCAGAUGGGGGCCUUAUGGACAGUGGUCUGAGUGUGACGGCUGCAGUCAUACAAAGGUACAGACUCGUCAUGUGGAGGUAUAUGCCCAGUUUAGAGGCAUGCUGUGUUCAGGAGAAGCUAGUCAAACACAGUCAUGUGCCCCACAGAAAAGGUGUCCCCUGGAAACAGGCUGUGGAAACAGGUUCCGUUGCAUUUCUGGUCAGUGUAUCAGCCAUUCUCUGGUGUGUAAUGGAGACCAAGAUUGUGAGGAUGGUUUGGAUGAAAGAAAUUGCAACCAGGACAACAGCCAGUACUCAUGUGACAUUGACAAGACACCUCCCAACUCCGAAUUCACAGGCAGAGGGUAUGACGUGUUAACAGGGAAACUGAAAGCAGGUGUCAUCAACACUCUGAGCUUUGGAGGCCAGUGCAGAAAGGUGUUCAGUGGUGACCACAAAGUCUAUUACAGAUUGCCACAAAACAUCCUCAGGUACAACUUUGUGGUGAAAGUAGACGAUGAUCUGAGCGAUGAAUCCUAUGAGAGUUCCUGGUCCUACAUGCAGCACAUCCAGUCCAAUAGCUUAGUGGGACAUGACCGUCGCACCUUCCACAAAGAGCUCACUGACAAAAAGGCCUACAGAAUUAUAAUCCUGAAGAAUAAAGUGGAACUGGCCCAGUUCCAAAACUCUGCCCCCCAGUAUUUGACUCUUGCUGAAGGCUUCUGGAAGGCCUUGUCUUCACUGCCAUUCACCUACGACUACUCAGCCUACCGCCAGCUGCUGCAGACCUAUGGCACACAUUACAUCUCAGAAGGCUCACUCGGAGGCGAAUACCAAGCCUUUUUAGAGCUAGAUCGCCAGGCGCUGGCUUCAACCAGUACAACAGAUAUUGAGUACCAGAGAUGUUGGAGAAAGGUGAAACGUCGUUUCUUCAGGAAGAAAGUCAAAACUGUCUGUGAAAAACUGACAAAAUCCAUAUCCUCCAGCCAUGGACACAGUGUAAACAAGAUGCCCAUCAAGGUCAAUAUUUUUGGAGGAGAUCCAACCUUCAUUGGCGCUCUGUCUGUUCUGGAUCUGGAAAACCCAGAAACUAAUGGGGAGGUCUACGAUAACUGGGCUUCGUCUGUCAAAGACUUCCCUGAAGUCAUAGACCAAAAGCUGCGUCCUCUGUAUGAGCUGGUGAAGGAGGUGCAGUGUGCUGGUCUGAAGAAGCUCCACCUGAAAAGAGCCACAGAGGAGUACCUAGCUGAGGAGCAUCCCUGUCACUGCCGGCCCUGCCAGAACAACGGCCAGCCGCUGCUGACGGGCUCCGAGUGCCGCUGUGUGUGCCGGCCGGGAACCUCAGGACAAGCAUGCGAGAGUGGAGCUGUGAUCGGAGAGCAGCCAGGGGUGAUCCAUGGCAGCUGGAGCUGCUGGUCUGCUUGGGGGUCUUGCUCUGGAGGUCAAAGGUCAAGGACUCGCAGCUGCAACAACCCUGCUCCCAGCGGAGGUGGCCACCACUGUGUUGGACUGAACAUAGAGCAGAAGUCUUGUGAAGACCCAGACAUCCAGUACUUACAGAUGAUGGAGCCUCAGUGUUUCAGCUUAUCUGUGACUCCACCAAAGACAUGUGGUCCGCCUCCAAACCUUAGAAAUGGAUUUGUUCAGAAUCCUAGAGAGUUUUACCUGGUGGGAAACACAGUGGAAUACUCCUGCAUAGAUGGGCAUUACCUCAGUGGAAACGCUGUGGCUCAGUGCACAGAAAAUCAGAAGUGGAGAACUGGAGCAAUGGUUUGCAAAAGUUCCACAUGUGGGAUUCCACCACUCAACAGUGAAAUUACAGCCACGCCCAUCAAAGCAGCCUAUCAGAUUGGAGACACCAUAUCCCUGUCCUGUCCUGUAGGGUCAGUGCUGGAUGGUGAGGUGUCAGAGAUUAUCUGCAGUCCCAGUCUGCAGUGGUCGCCUUCUCCUGCAGAUGCUCACUGUAAAGCAGCGCCUACAGCUGCCUCUCCUCCUCCUAGCAUGAAGUGUAAACCAUGGGAGAAUGUAGGGAUUUUUACUGGGUGUGUGUGUAAAAUGCCAUUUCAGUGCCCGACGUCUCUGCAGUUGUGUGCCAAACUCAGCUCAAGCCAAACCCGUUUACUGAGUGUUUGUCAGCUCGGAGCUUUGCACUGCGUAGGACGGAACUUCACGCUAGUCAGCGACAGCGAAUGUGACUGGCCAGAGGAGACGUUCACGACCUGUGAGAACUGUAAACCAGGAACAGUCUGUCAGGAAUCAGCCAGAAAAUGUGUGUGCCAGAACACAUCAGAAUGUCCUCAAGGCCAAGCCCCCCUGUGCGUUAACUCCACUGCUGGCAGUGUUGCCAGGACGAUGACCGAAUGCGAGGUGGGGGCCAGAAGGUGUGCUGGCCAGCAAGUCAAUGUGAUUAGUAUUGACGCUUGUUCAAAAUAAAGAUCGUUGUUUUACAUUUUUUUCUCCAUGCCUGAAUUGUAAAUAAA